ACAAGAGAAAGUAGCACAAUCAUCUUUUUCUUUCUUUCUUUCUUUCUUUCUCUCUUUCCAACUUUUGAUUAAGACCACAAUUAUCAUAACUAAAUUUGUUCCACAGAAGACAAAGAUUGUGCGACAGAUAGAGAUUGAAAUUAAGUAAGAAUGGAUGUGAAGGAAUUAGAUUAUGUGUUAGUGUCAUUGGGUUUGUUGGUGUUUGGAGUUUAUCACAUUUGGUUAGUCAUCUUUAUCAAGCGUCAUCCCAGGCAUACUGUUAUCGGCCUCAAUGCUGAGAGUCGUUGUCAAUGGGUUUUCUCUCUUAUGGAGGAUCCCCUGAAAAACGGUGUCUUGAUAGUUCAAACUCUUCGUAACAACAUGAUGGCGUCCACCCUUCUGGCGACCACAGCCAUUACACUGAGCUCAAUCAUCGGUGUAUUUGUGAGCAAUACUUCAACCGUCACAAAUGCAUCCUCAAAACUAGUAUUCGGUAACAAAAGUGAGAUCAUCUCAGCUGUCAAGUAUUUCGCCCUCAUCCUUUGCUUCCUUGUAGCUUUUCUCUGCAAUGUCCAGUCCAUUAGAUACUAUACUCACGUAAGCUUCUUGGCUACCUUACCUACAUCUCGAUGCAAAAGAGAAGCCAUGGAAUAUGCUGCACGAAGCUUGAAUAGAGGGAGCUUCUUCUGGUCUCUUGGCUUACGAGCCUUCUACUUGUCCUUCCCUCUUUAUCUGUGGAUCUUUGGGCCUAUCCCUAUGUUUGGUUGUUGUUGUUUGAUAUCAUUUGUGCUUUAUUUCUUGGACACCACCAACGAUUUUACACGACAACUUCACUGUGAGUCCAUGAAAGACAGGGAUUACAACUGCGUAGAGUCUGCUACAGCCAUAUAAAUGAUUUUAAAAAGACCAAGUAAUGGACCUCACAUCCUUAUUCUUCUUCUGUCUACUGCUUAUUUUAUACAAGCAUGUACUUGUCUGUAAUAUAAUAGUGUUAACUUCUGAGCUCACAUCCUUGACUCGAUCAAUGUUUCUUGUGUGCACGACUGCACGGUAUAUAUAAUAUAUUACGUACCCUUAUUUCAA